AUGUCAAGUGGGAUGAUGGCUUAUCCUGCAAGGCCCUUUGAAGAAACUAAGGAUCAAAAAUAUCUGAUUGACAUAGUCCGAAGUUACUAUGACGACGACGAACUAAAACAUGUUAGUGAACUUGACAAGUUAAUAGAUACCGAUAUCAAAGGGAAGAUUUGUAUGAGUUAUUUUCAUAAAUUUAAUGAAAUUGCACAUAUGUGUAUUAACUUUAACAUAAAGAAAUGCCCGACGAUGGAUAAGAUCAUCGAGGCGAUCGAGGAAGCACAAAGUAUUCAAGAGAGUAGGAAAAACUUUUAUAUGGUAGGUCCAAAUGAUCUAUCCAUUACAUGGAACGAAACCGCUGCAUACUGGGAAUUGAGACAUAUACCGCAAUCAAGGUUCCCCGAGGUGUGGAUACUUAGAAAAGUAUGUUGGCUUGAGAUCCAUGGUAAAAUAACAGUUGUGAAGCAGUUAGAAAAGAGUACAUAUGUCGCGUAUCUUAUCCUUCAAACUGCUGAGAAUUGCAGGGGACUUGAUGUGCCAGCAAAUUCAAGCAUAACUUUUGGUGGGAAAAAAAUGGAGACGGAAAAAUGUUUAUCUUCAAAGACCAAAGGAUAG